CGACACCUGCCGUAAAGGCCGUCUGUGUGUGCGUGCGCCCCGUUUCCCGGGUGCUGGCCGCGGCUGUGAGGGACCCGGCUGUGCCGCGCGGCGCUCACGUCACGAUGGUGAAGCUGAGCAAGGAGGCCAAGCAGAGGCUGCAGCAGCUCUUCAGGGGCGGCCAGUUCGCCAUCCGCUGGGGCUUUAUCCCUCUCGUCAUUUACCUGGGUCAGUGCCAGGAGAGCGGAGGUCGGAGGCUCGCGCGGCUGUGACUUUGCUCCGGGACCCGGCACCGGGGACCCCAGGGCGCCCGACGGCGUCUCGUCUCGUCGGGUGGAUGGGACUAGUCGGGUGGGCUUUAGCAGCGCACCCGGCUCUUCCCCGUUCACCUGUGAAAAUGGAGGCGCGGGCUGUUUUCAGGGUGGCUGUGAGGUGUCCGGAGCUGCGCGGCGGCUGGGGUGGGUUUUCA